AUGCUCAACAUAUUCCCAGCGAGCAACAGCGCUACGUCGGUUCUUCCCCACGGGAUACCCCAGAUUGAGGGGAACAACGGAGCUAGAUUCUCCGCAUAUCCAGCAAGUAACCGAGAGGGCCUUUUGAUUGAACAGACUGAGGAUAGUGGCUCGGCACUUGGGGUUUGUGGAACACAUAUUUCCAUGCAGUUAGAGGAAAGGUAUGCUGUUCUCAGUACGACACGCUUGGUAAAAGCCUUUCAGCUUCUCACAUACCAGGCAAUUCAGACAGCGGUAUUGGAUCAUCAUUGGAUAAUCCGGGCUCGCCAAAAAUCUAAGAGAGCAAGAAAAAUGAUGUACUAUACAAAAUGCUUAACUGGCAUCUUGAGCGAGGGGCUGAAAGCGUGGGCCAAUAUAGAACGAGGUUUAUUUCCUGCUUAG